AAAUCGCUGGCUAUCACAAUGCUUGUACAAAAUGCAGCUUGCUUAGCAAUGUUGCUUUAGCAGGACAACCAUAUUCCCGCCUCUCUUACGCUGUCUUCAAAACCCCAAACCCAAAACCCUCAAAAUCAACACAGAAAUUCAGAUCAAAGAUGUCGAUCGCGACGCCUCCUGACAUGGUUGUGAAGAAUCGGUUCCUAGGGUUCUUAAUAUGGCAAUCUAUUCCCUCCACAGCCAUCUUCCUCCUCUCCAACACAUUCGUCGUUUCUCUAUUCGCUUCUGAUGCCAUUAGCCCAAUACUCAGACUCUUUUCCACCUUCUUCACCUUUCACCUCUCCCAGCUCAUCUUCUCCGCCUCCCUCUCAGUCGUCUCAUCUCCCCAACCCACUCCUCCUGCUUCCCCCAUCCAACUCCUUUUUGGGCUUGUCCGAUUACUCCUCAGCGAUUCCACCGACUUGUCCAUCGAUUUCCGCCGCAGGGCGAAAGUUUCUUUGAGUUUCGUGCUCUUCGUGGCGGCCUCGGCUUUCUCAGGGCUUGUCUCUGUGGUGCCGUUUUUCUGGGUUAGUGGUGUUGAUACUGAUGGACUGCUGAUGAUUGGAAGAGUGGGGAUUAGGGGUUUUGUAGCCGGUUUGCUUUAUGGGUUGUUUUAUAUUUACAAGAAAAGAUGGGUUUUGGAGUUCCCUAUUAUUCAGCGUCCACCUUUCUUUAGCUUCAAGAUGGGUCUCCCUUCAGCUCUUCAACGAGCGCUGGAACUUUCUGCUACUGCUUCUGUAUUUUCAGCUAUGUUGGUAAUAUUUUUGCCACAACAGUUCAAGGACCAAGUGACAGUUGGAAACUUCAUUACCGAGCAGAUAAUCUUUUACCUUGGAUGCUUUUCUGUGUUCCUUUGUUGGGAAUUAAGUCACCAUUUGCAUCAGGUACUUUGUACAAAACGGUUCAUAUUUGCACCACCAAAAGGAUCAGCUGCGGCUGAAACAAAUCCAAGUGAGCCUCUCCUUGCUGCUUUGGAGGAGAGCCUUCCAGGUUCUCUUCUGAAAUAUCUUGCAUACCUUGAUCUGUCUAUGGUUUGUGAGAAUAAUGUUGAUAUUUGGCGUCGAGCUGCCUUAUUUGAAGAAACUAGUGAAACUUACAAAAGAGUGGUAACUCUAUGCUUGAGGCCUUUGGAACAACUUGCAUUCAAGCUGAGUGAGAGUUUGGAAGGAUUUUCAGCUGAAAAAUCCUUUCAAUCAGCUAACCCUGUGCAGGCAAACGAUCCCCGACUUGAUUCAAAUUGCUCUGAACCAAUGAACAACUUUCAGCUAUGUGCAUGGUGUGCUCAAUCAGUUGCCUCACUGACUGCAAGAUCACACAGGGAAGACAGGUUUGGAGUUGCCCAACUCUCUGGUAGCAAUGCUGCUGUUAUGUCAGCACUCUUGUCUUGUCUGCUUGCUGUCGAAGCAUUCAUGGGGAAAAAGACGAGUUUGCAACCACCUCAUCAUUUGAUGGGGACGGGUGGCAUUAGAUGGGCUACAACAAGCACAGGAAGAAGAGAUGUUAGAACAGCUAAACGGAAAGGUAGCCUGCAAUAUUCAAAAGCAUUUGCAAUGGCUGAUGUUCUUAGAACCUCAAUAUAUGGUAUUGUGUCUGCUUUCCACAAGGAGAUGUUGAGAAGUGCAAAAGCAGGUGAUCUUGAAAAAGAUUGGAUUGAUAGUGGUAAACCUGUUUUUGGAACUCGUGAGCUGCUGGUGCAGAAAUUGCAUCUCUUCCUGGACUUUCGAGCUUAGCUAACCAAACACUAGAGAAGAAAACUGGGUUUCUUCAGUUUAUCCUCCCACUGGCCUUUUGUUGAUCCCCGGGCUUCCAUAUGCAUUUAUUGUAUGUUACAGGAUGAGACUGAGGAGAGUACAUUUCAAUUUUGGAUUGAAAGACAAGUAGCAUCGAAUGCUUGAUUGUGUAAUCUAGUUGCAAAGUGAAUAUCGAAUCUUUGUCUGCUGUGGCUCAUUGAAAAGUUAAUAUUAGGUCAAUGUUUGACCCUGAAGAAAAUCAUUGUUCACUGUUAGGAAGGUUUUGUGGUUAAACUCCCUUCUUUUUUCACUUCUCUGGACUCUCGAAUGCACAUAGACAUUUGAAGUUAUUGAUUUGUCUAUUGCAAUGGUUUGAAUGCUUGUUCCACCAGUAUUAGGAUCUGGGUUGUGAAUUUAUUUAAU